AUGAUCGGGGAUUUUGCGACAACGCGGCAUUCCAUAGGGAUGGAAGCUGUACAGUUCUGGAUGAAUGAUAUGGAAUCCUACUACCAUGAUACUCUGGACAUGAAGAUUAUCGACGGUGCAUUCUACAGCAUGCUAAGACACUGGCUUGCUUCUAAACACAACAACCCUUGGGCCGAAGAUCUUUAUUGGAGUGAAGAGGAGAAUGGCAGCGUGACACUGAAGAGCUUCCGGUUCUUGCUUGGUAUGCGUGAUAUCUCGUCCACUACAGACCAGAUGGAUGCUACACUGAUGUUCAGAGAGAGUUUCAACAUCACCACAUUCAUGCCCUUAUGGUUAUUCACCGAUCAGUACGCUAUUAUCAUUCCAAACACUGUACAAAACAUCAUAAUCGCCUUGUCGUGUAUGAUUAUUAUUGCAUUUGUUCUCAUCCCACAACCGAUGUGUGCUUUCUGGGUCGCGUUGGCUUGCGGUUCAAUAGAUUUUGGUGUAGUCGGGUAUAUGACCCUAUGGGGCGUGAAUUUGGAUGCAAUUUCGAUGAUCACUAUUAUAAUGUCUAUUGGUUUCUCUGUUGACUAUUCGGCACACAUAACAUACGGAUAUGUGGUUUCGGAAGCUCUCGUUCCAAGGGAUAAAGUUCGCGAUGCGUUGGCCUCACUAGGAUGGCCACUCUGUCAGGGCGCGCUGUCCACUAUCAUUGCCGUGUCUGUGCUUGCCGAUGUUCCUGCCUACAUGAUUGUUACCUUCUUCAAAACGGUAUUCCUUUCAAUAUCGAUCGGUCUGCUCCACGGUCUUGUGUUCCUGCCAGUUUCUACUGUCCUUUCGUCAGAGG